UUGUUGUACAGAUUGACGAGAGUGAGCACCAGCAGCGCUGCCCCCACUGGCCGCACCGCCAGCGCACUCCGCGGGCAGGUGCCGUGCCGCCGCCUGCUGGCGACCUCGCCCGACGGCGACGGCAUCGGCGCGCUCAAGGCCGAGCUCAAGGCGGCCGAGGACCGUGUCGCCACGCUCAAGGAGGCCAUCGUGAGCCACAAGGACCCGGCCAAGAAGAGCAUCCUGGUGCUGGGCGCCGGCCGGUCGUCGUCCUUCCUCAUCAACUACCUCCUCCAGAACGCGGCGCGGGAGCGGUGGGCGGUCAAGGUGGGCGACGAGGACGAGCACACGGCGCGGCGCAAGGUGCGGGACCACCCCGACGGCACCGCGUUCCGGUUCAACAUCAACGACACGCGGCAGCGCGAGGAGGAGAUCCGGCGGGCCGACGUCGUGGUGUCGCUGCUGCCGGCGUUCAUGCACCCGGUGGUGGCGGCCGAGUGCGUGAAGCAGGGCGCGCACAUGGUGACGGCCUCGUACUCGGCCGCGCUGGCGCCGUUCGACGAGCAGGCCCGCCGGGCCGGCGUGACGAUCCUCAUGGAGUGCGGGCUCGACCCGGGCAUCGACCACAUGUCGGCCAUGGAGGUCAUCGACGCCAUCAAGCGCGACGGCGGCCAGCUCACGGCCUUUCGCUCCUACACGGGCGGCCUCGUGGCGCCCGAAUCGGACGACAACCCGUGGGGCUACAAGUUCAGCUGGAACCCGCGCAACGUGGUGGUGGCGGGCCAGGGCGUGUGCCAGUACCUCCAGCAGGGCGAGUACAAGUACGUGCCCUACCACCAGCUCUUCCGCCGCACCGACGAGAUCCGCGUGCCCGGCCACGGCACCUUCGAGGGCUACCCCAACCGCGACUCCCUCUCCUACCGCACCAUCUACGGCAUCCCCGACUGCCCCACCGUCCUCCGCGGAACGCUGCGUAAGCCGGGCUACUGCUCGGCGUGGAAUGUGUUCGUGCAGCUGGGCAUGACCGACGACACCUACACGAUUGAGAACGCCGACUCGCUCACCUACCGCGACUUCCUCAACUCGUUCCUCCCCUACCGGCCGCACGACACUGUGGAGCUCAAGCUCGCGCACUACCUCGGCCUCGACAUCAACUCGCCCGAGAUGCAGAAGAUCAAGUGGCUGGGCAUGUUUGGCGAGCAGAAGAUCUCGCUCAAGUCGGCGACCCCGGCGCAGGUGCUGCAGCAGAUCCUCGAGAAGAAGUGGGCGCUGCAGGAGGGCGAGAAGGACAUGAUCGUCAUGUACCACCACUUUGUCUACACCAACAAGAACGGCGAGCUCAAGGAGACGAAGAGCAGCCUUGUGGUGAAGGGCGACGGCACGGACACGGGGACGGCCAUGGCCAAGACCGUGGGCCUGCCGCUCGCCGUGGCCACGCGCAUGGUGGCCACCGAGCAGGUCAAGGGCAAGACUGGCGUGCACGUGCCCACGACCCCCGAUCUCUACGAGCCCAUCCUGCGCGAGCUCGAGAAGGACCACGGCAUCAUCUUCUCCCACCAGCACGACACCGUCCACCAGGCCUAA